AUGAUCUCGAAGCGAUCUCGCACGGCCGACAUUUGCUUCAUGCUCCUGCUGGGAAGUUUGAUCCAUCCUUGUCACGGAGCAAGAUCAUGUGCGAGAGGACAGCAUAGAAUCUCUGGACAGGUGACGAUUGCAGGAGACGGGGCGUGCGAGACUCCGGCGAUGUCCUUCCGAGUCGCAGAUGACGAUGGGCUGGGAAAGUUGUGUGCUCCGUUACAGGAUGAAGAGUUCUUCAUGCUCCCAGACAGUCCAUGGCAAAAUUCUCCCAGACAUGUGAGUAGACUUUGUUACCUUCCCUCCAGCGCAGUGACGAGCUCAAAGAUCAGCCGGCAAGACCGGCAUCGAUUCUGGUCUGUUCAAGUCCGACAGGAGGGCAUGCAAGAUUCGAACGUUCCGUUCGUAAACCACAAGGAAAUCAAGAUGGUUAAUGGGGAUCUUGAGACUUCCUACCUUUAUGGGAUAGAGGGGGAGGAAAUCUACAAGGAGCAAGCGCUGAACAACUUUGAGGAUGGAUACACCAUCCUACUGCACGAUGCAGACGUCUUGUUCUCCCAGGUUCAGAAGUUUGUGGAGAGUCUCGAGGAGGAUUUCGGUCUUUCGAUUGUUGCAAACCUGCACUACUCGCCCGAGAAAUCGAUUUGCGGGCAGACUGAUCGUCGGGGGGAUGAGGACGUUUUCAUUCUCCAGAUAGAAGGGAAUCAGAUAUGGCUCCUUGCAGACACUAACGCAUCUACGAGUUCAACAACAGGCAGCGAAGACUUCAGUAAGUUCCUAUUGCGCCAUGGCGAUACUUUGUACAUCCCUGCUGGCUGGACCCACAAGUGUACGUCCAAUGUCAGCUUUUUGUUUGGCGAAUCCAUUCAGCUGCGGCUGUACAUCAAGAAGAACUACUAUACGCUUCAUCGCUUCUUCCACACCAUGGUUGAGAAAGUUCUUGAACCGUCUUCCUCUCUCUUCAGCUCGGAUACAAAAGAAUCUCUUGAGUUCUGGAGAUGUUCUGCCGCACCAUUGCACUUCAAGGAUGUUGUUCAUUGGCUGGUACAUGCUGCGUCUCUCCAUCGGCGAUGGUCCAACAAGAAUUUUCUCCUCGCGCGUUAUGGAGUCAUUCCGGUAUCAGGAAAGUCGUUGGAUGACGAGUCAGCUGAGUUUUUCAGGUACUUGAGAGGAGCAGAUGUAGUGCAGAAGAUCCAAGAUGUCUUGUUGGCCCACAACGGAAGCCUUGAAGGUGGAAAUGUGUUUCUCAGUAAGGAAUGGCGGAAGAUUGAAGAAAGAUGCCCCGAGGGUUGGAAGGAGAUCUUGAACUCGCCAAAUCUACAAGAAGAGAUUGAAUUCUUGUUCUCAGUGUACGCGGACAGCAUAUCUGAGCAGAUAAAAAUGAAACAGCUAGACGCUGUUGAUGAGAUCACAAGACUGUCAUGGAAUGAUGUCUCUAGCAGAAGAAGACAGCGGGACGAACGAAGAGCGUCGGAAAGACAUGGCGUGUAG